UCAAAUAAUUCCAGCAAGUCGGAUCAAGCAUCUUCCCCAGCGCACUGCGUAUCAAUUGAAGCUCCCAAGCCUAGCUCCGCAUGCUAGGCGAUCUUGAAGCUCAUAUUUACAUUUCCUGAGUUUCUGCCAAGCGGAGAGGAGCCUCCAUUGAUCUCCUGACUCUUCGCCAUGGCCGGCGCCAGAUUAAAAUAUCGACAUCUAGGCCGCACGUCUUCACAUAGACAAGCCCUCCUCCGUAAUCUCGUCACAUCUCUCUUCACACACGAAUCGAUAUCUACAACAUACCCCAAAGCCAAAGAAGCGCAAAGGCUGGCGGAAAAGCUCAUCACUCUGGGGAAAAAAAACACAGAAGCGAGCAAGAGAAGGGCCUUGAGCAUAUUCUUCAAUCCCCACGAACUCCUCCCUAAACUCUUUGGCCCAUUACGAGAACGAUAUGCGGACAGACCUGGCGGUUACACGCGUGUAUUGCGGAUUGAGCCGCUGAAGUCGGAUCAAGCGCCUUCAGCCAUUUUGGAGCUGGUAGAUGGACCUAACGAUAUGCGAUUUGCGAUGACAGCGAGGACUGUUGCCACAUUGAGAAAGCAAGGACGGCCGCUCAACGAGAUGACUGAAAGGAACAUUGAGAAGGUCACAAGAUACAGGGAAAAAGGACAGCGGGACCUCGAGAGGAUGGUGAAGAGGAUGGAAGAAGUCGAGAUCGAGGAAAGAAAUGAUGCCAUCACUAUUCCAAAGCCACGAGAUCCUAGACCAAGCAAGGAAGAUGACUGAAAAUAAGAUAGGCGACAAAUGUAUUGAUACCAGGACUUUCGAUUGUACAUCAGAAUUACAUGGGAUGGCGUUUACAUAUCUUCAUUAUUUCGAUAUCUUACAGGAAAUCGAAAGUAUCGCC